AUAUCACGCAUUGACCUUGCCGACUAAAAAACCCUAACCGGAGAAGAAGAAGAAGAAGAAAAACCGUGUGUACAAAUUGUUCCAUUUAACUUGGCUGUCAAGGAGAGAUAGCGCGAGUGAGAAGACGCGGCAAGCCCGAACUUUCGCGGUUCGGCAGCUCCGCGUCGGUAAGUCGAGUCGUUUCGGAGUUAUCUCGUUGCUUCUCGACCGAAAACAACAUGGCGGAUCAGGCAAACAACCAGCAAGCCAUGGACAUUGGUCCCCCGACCAAUAUAUGCCACGUGGCUCACGUGACAUACGAUCGCUUCGAUGGCUUCCUCGGUCUUCCUUCUGAAUUCGAGCCUGACGUUCCCAAAAAGGCCCCCAGUGCAAGUGCAACAGUGUUUGGGGUUUCUACAGAGUCAAUGCAGCUAUCGUACGACUCAAGAGGGAACUGUGUUCCGAUCAUACUGUCGCUAUUACAAAGACGACUAUACGAUCAAGGAGGUUUGAAAGUUGAAGGCAUUUUCAGAAUCACAGGAGAUAACAGCGAGGAAGAGUUUGUAAGAGAAGAGUUAAACAAAGGAGUUGUACCAGAGGGCAUAGAUGUCCACUGUCUUUCCGGACUUAUCAAGGCUUGGUUCAGAGAGUUACCGAGAGGAAUACUUGAUUCUCUGCCGUCUGAACAAGUGAUGCAGUGUGAGUCAGAGGAGGAUUUUGUCAAGGUUGUGAGACUUUUACCGCAAGCGGAAGCUUCUCUUUUGAAUUGGGCAGUCAAUCUGAUGGCUGAUAUUGUAGAGUUCGAAGAUGUCAACAAGAUGACCACACGUAACCUUGCUUUGGUCUUUGCGCCAAACAUGUCUAAGAUGGCAGAUCCUCUAACAGCGUUGAUGUAUGCGGUCCAAGUUAUGCACUUGCUGAAGAACCUCACAGAGAAAACACUCAGAGAGAGGAAAGUUGCAUCUACCCAAAUCGUUCCUUGUGAUGACAGCGAAGCUGAAGUUGGUGAUGUGGAAGAAUACAAUCAACAAGAAAAAGAACACAAAGGUGUUGAUGAUGUGAACAAGGAAGAGGAGACCAUGAAGGUGGAAGAUGAAGUCAAACCAUCAAAUGGUUUGGAUUUCGACAAGGAAAAGAAACAGAAAACAUGAAGACAGAUGUUGGAGUUGGAGUUGGAGUUGGAGCUCUGUUUUUGUUUUAUGUUCUUGGUAAAUCCAAGGUGCAAAUAACUUAGUUUAUUGUUCCAAGUUCAAUUUAUUUGUUUGUGUUUCACAUGAAAAAUUCACAUCUUUUUAAUGUAUAUCAUUUUUCAUU